AUGCCGCAGCUGAACUUCAAGCGACUGCUGGUCGAGUACAAGAAAGUCCAGUCCGCCAUCUCUGCCGGUCAAGCUCAGGGCAUUCUUCGCUGCGAGCCGGUGGGCGACAACAUGCUGGAGUGGGACGUGGACAUGACCUUCCCUGAAGGCUCUCCGCUACAGACUAGCCUCGACGCCCUCGCCGAGAGCAUGUUUGAUGCGGAGAUGAAGAAGCUGACGCUUAGCGUCCGCUUUCCUGCAGAAUACCCGCUGAGCCCUCCAGAAGUUUGGCUGCGUCGGCCUAGAAUGCGCCACUGCUCUGAGCAUGCAGGAGCGGUGACAUUUGGUGGCAGAGUUUGCAGUUUGACAUUGGCUUCUCCGGGUUGGAAUCCUGUCACGGCCAUGCUCAGUGUUCUGGAGGAUGUGAGGCAAUCUUUGCUGGACUCCGGCAUUCAAGCCUACACCACGGUCGCCAUCCGGAAGGAGUACCCAGAGGCGGCAAUAAAACUCGUGCGACUGCAGUCCGAGCUUUUCCCAACCGUGAAUGGAUUCUGCAAAGACGGAAUGACGGUGCUCUCUGCUACAGCAGCUGCACCAUUUCUGGGGGAUCUUUCCAGGCUAGAGACCACUGACAAGAUCGGCCUUCCAUUUUCGUAUGCCAACGAGAUCUAUUCGCAUGAAGACCUACGCCUUCCAUUGACCUUCGAAGUUACGACUCGCGUUGGCAGAAAGACGCACUGUGCAAUCUUCGAAUUCGUCAACGGCUUGCCUGACAUGCACGCGCUUCUGCCAAAAUGGCUGAUGGAUGACCUAGGGAUAGAUGAGCGUGAGGCGGUCCGCGUUCGCGCUGUGCAGCUGGACCUGAUCACUUCUGUGAAAGUCCAACCGCACAGCGUCGACUUUUACUUUGCGGUGCGAGACAGCGGCCGAGAGGUCCCGUCGUUGCUCACGGAGUCACUCUCAAGAUUCAGUGCUCUUACAGAGGACACCGCCGUCCCGAUCGAUGUUGAUGGCAAGUUCUUCGAUGUGCAGAUUUUGACUGUCGAGCCGCGUGGUGCUGUCAGAAUCAUUGACACAGACGUCCAACACCACUUUGAGUUCAAGGUGGACUUUGUCCCAGCCCCGGAUCUCGAGGACGACGCUGCAAAGGAGGAGUACCAGCGGCGUGUGGUCGAAGGCUUGAAACUCAAGCGCGAGCAGUCUGCCAUCAAGAAGCAGGAGCUGCAAGACAGGCGGCAAGCAGCGCGACAGCAUCGUUUCGCCAUGCUUCGGGCGACCGCAGCCAAAGCAGCAGGCGGAGAAGCAGGUGCCAGUGGAAGCAUCGAAAUUGCUCUUCGGCUACCUGAUGGCUCCAAUGUCAAAGGUGCCUACGCGGAAGGGGCUCCGAUUUCGCAUCUCUUGCUAGCUGCCCUGGACUCUUCUUGGGCGAAGUCCGCAUUGCCUUGGGGCAUCUACCUUCGUAUGGCCUUUCCCAAGAAGGUUCUGAAGGAUGGGGACGUGAUCACCAAGGAGCUCCACAGAAGUAUGCUGAGCGUCCAGGAGGAGGAGGCACCCGAAGAUGAGGAGCUGUUGGCCGUCUUGUCAGAACGGACGCCUGCAGGGACGAGUGACGAACCGGAGGCCUUGAGCCCACUGCCCAUGCCGGAGCUGGAUGAAGCAGCGCUGAUGGCAAGGACGCAGAGGGCCUUCGAGGUGCAGCGGCUUAUGCGGGCUGGCUUCAGUCAGCAGGAGGCCGAGGAGAAGUUCUCAAAAGGUGAGGUUUUGCCGCCUUCUGAUGCAUCCAGGCGUCCGGAGCCGCUUCCGCCGGCCGGGCCGGCUGCGGCACCCAUACCACGCUUGGAGCGCACGCUGUCGGAGGAGGAGGAACGCCAGCGAAAAAUCGAGGUCGUGGUAAGCUUCACAGGAGUGGAUGCAGCUGUGGCGCAGGUAGCGCUGGAGGAUGCCAGCUGGCAGAAAAGCUUCAUCGUGGGGCGACAGUACCUGUGCGUCCUUGCUUCGAAGAACAAGGGCGCUGGCAGAAUCGCCGGGUCUCUACGAUGCUGUCCAAGGUCUGUCUGCCAGGCUGCUGGCCAUGUCCGGCUGCGCUUCUGCAGCGUUGCAGGUUCUGUGGCCGCCUCAAAGCUGGGCUGUGGUGCUUACAGGCGCGCGGUGUUCUCGCGGCUUGUGGGGGUGAGCUUUCGCUUCUUCGCGGCUGACAAGGCAAGGCUGAAAGUUGAAAGUGCUGCCACGAACACUUCGCCGCCCUUCGCGGGGUCGUCGGAAGUGGGAGCUGCAGAAGGGGUGCAGUGGUGGUACGUCGUGCCGGCGCAGCAUUUUCUGGAUCGUGCUUGUAAGGAGGAUGCGCUGCCCGGUCGGCAGGAGCCUUUGAAGGUGAGUGCAGAGCAUUAUGUGCUCGGGACCCCUAUGAAAGGGCCUUGGCCAGAAGGCAUGUCAAAGUUUGUGUUUGCCAACGGCUGCUUUUGGGGGAGCGAGAAGGGAAUAUGGCGCUUGCCUGCCGGAAUCUUCUCGACGGCUGUGGGCUAUGCUGCAGGCUUUACCCCCAACCCGACCUACGAAGAGGUUGUGACGGGCAGGACGGGCCACGCCGAGGCAGUUCAAGUCAUCUUCGACCCGGCCCAAAUUGAUCUGGUGGACAUUUUGAGAUGGUUUUGGGAGGCUCACGAUCCCACGCAGUACAUGAGACAAGGCGCUGAUCAAGGCACACAGUAUCGGAGUGGCCUCUAUUACUUCGAUGAGGAUCAAAGGGAGCUUUUCCUGGCAAGCAAGAAAGCGUACCAGGACGCGCUGCAGGCGGCUGGGAAACAUGGCGAAAUUUCCACAGAGAUUCGAGCUGCGUCAGACUUUCCAGAUGGUGUGUUCUGGUACGCCGAGGACUGGCACCAGCAGUAUUUGGCCAAGCCAGGGUCGCGACCCUACUGCUCCGCCAUGCCACAGGAGGUCUCUCUUCCUUCCUUUCCUCAGUGGGCGACCCCAUCUCUGACUGCCAAGUUCUGGCCAAAGCUCCCAGAGGCUUUCUGGAAACAGCAUGGUCCCGCUCCUCACAGCGUAGUGGACUCGCCAGACUCUCCAAUUGAGUGGAGCCAGUUUUCGACAAGGAGUGCUGAGCAUGCUGAGCUAUGA